GCAUGAGGUCUCCAACAUCAGUUCGGAGUUCGUCCGUCAUUUCUGUCGACCCUUAAGAAAUGUUAUAUACGAUAGUGGCAUAUCGCAAGAUGAGCCAUGAACAAGUUACUUUCUGCAUCGAUUAAAGAUAUUAGUCGAAGGAUUUUCAACGGCGUGAUGCGACCGUCUGAGGUUUGCGGAACUUGCGUCAAAUUAACUGCCCAUGUUAAGCCUCUAAACGCUUACAUUACCGUAACGAAUGAUAUUGCGAGUGAGCAGGCGAAUGAUGCCGAUGCGAGACAACAGCGGAACUCAUUACUAGGACCGCUCGACGGCAUCCCCAUUGCCAUCAAAGACAAUUAUUGUGUCAAGGACAUACCUACGACCUGCGCGUCACGGAUGUUGACUAAUUUUUCUCCCGGUUAUAACGCCACAAUCUACGAGAGACUCAGGAUGCAGGGAACCGUCUUGAUCGGCAAGACUAAUCUCGACGAGUUUGCCAUGGGUUCCGGCACAGUGGAUUCCCUUUACGGCCCGACCAAGAAUUUAUGGGGCUCGGAAGUGCUGUCGCAAUUUUACUCAUAUGAAUUGGACAGUUCAGUAAUUACUGAGAGGAAGCUAUGCGAGAAAGAUGCAUGGCGUAUAGCAGGUGGCAGUAGCGGAGGUUCUGCAGUUGCGGUAGCUACAGGUACUUGUUAUGCAGCCUUGGGUUCUGACACUGGUGGUUCCACUCGCAAUCCUGCAUCUUACUGUGGUCUAGUUGGUUUGAAACCAACUUAUGGUUUGGUUUCUCGUUAUGGUCUUAUCCCAUUGUUAAAUUCAAUGGAUAUGCCUGGUAUUCUCACAAGAAUAGUAGACGACAUCGUAUUAAUUUUGAACGCAAUAGCUGGACCUGAUUCAGCAGAUCCCACAACUGUACAAAAGGAAUAUGUGCCAAUUAACUUACCCAAUACAAUAGAUGUUAGCAAUCUCAGAAUUGGGAUACCAAAGGAGUAUGGAGUGCAAGGUAUAAGCAAAGAGAUGCAGGCUUGUUGGAAUGAAGUCUCUCAUCAUCUAGAAGAAGCAGGAGCCAGUAUUGUUCCAGUGUCAUUACCUCACACCAACUACUCCAUAGUAUGUUACUCCGUUUUAAAUCGAUGUGAUGUAGCUAGCAACUUAGCCUGUUAUGAUGGUAUAGAAUAUGGUCACAGAGCCGACGAAUGGAGCUCGGCUUAUGAAUUGUACAAGAAAACUAGAUCAGAAGGCUUUAAUGAUGUGGUCAAAGGUCGUAUAUUGGUUGGCAAUUAUUUUUUAUUGGCAGAGAAUUACAAGGAAUAUUAUGUCAAGGCGAUGAAAAUGCGUAGAUUAAUCACACAAGACUUUGAUGUUUUAUGGAAUAACAACAUAGAUCUUUUGUUAACUCCGACUACAUUAACCGAGGCUCCAAGUUACGAUGAAUUCAUAAAAUUGGACAAUCAAACGCAAUGCUUGAUUCAAGAUCACUGUACACAACCUGCAAACAUGGCUGGUCUGCCCGCAAUCAACGUACCGAUCAAACUCUCUCGCAGAGGGUUGCCUUUGUCAUUGCAAUUAAUGGCACCACUUUUUCAUGAACAGAGAUUACUCACUGUGGCAAAAUGGAUCGAACAAGCAGUGCAAUUUCCGAGACUCGAACUGAAGGAGUCAUGCUUGCUUAAUUAAAGUGAA